GGGCCGGGCGUGACGUGCCGGUGGCGCGGGCCGCUGGGAGCUGGCCGGGAUCUGCGCUCGCCCCCCCCUCCCCCUUCCCACUACGGGUCGCGGCUGGGGGCGUCCCGGCGGCGGGGACGCGGCUCCCCCCUCCCCCUACCUCGCCCCAGCGCUUCGAUCCAAGAUGGCGGCGCUGAGCAGCGGCAGCAGCGCGGAGGGGGCCUCGCUCUUCAACGGGGACAUGGAGCCCGAGCCGCCGCCGCCCGCGGUCGGCGCCUGCUACGCGGGGGGCAGCGGCGGCAGCGGUGACCCGGCCAUCCCAGAGGAGGUGUGGAAUAUCAAACAGAUGAUUAAAUUAACACAAGAACAUAUAGAGGCACUGCUAGACAAAUUUGGAGGAGAGCAUAACCCACCAUCGAUAUAUUUAGAGGCCUAUGAAGAGUACACCAGCAAACUAGAUGCUCUACAGCAGAGAGAACAGCAGUUACUGGAAUCGAUGGGGAAUGGAACAGAUUUCUCUGUCUCCAGUUCAGCUUCAACAGACACCGUUGCUUCAUCUUCCUCCUCUAGCCUCUCUGUAGCACCUUCAUCCCUUUCAGUUUAUCAAAACCCUGCUGAUAUGUCACGGAAUAACCCUAAGUCUCCACAGAAGCCUAUUGUUAGAGUCUUCCUGCCCAACAAGCAAAGGACUGUGGUUCCAGCAAGAUGUGGAGUGACAGUCCGAGACAGCCUGAAGAAAGCUUUGAUGAUGAGAGGUCUUAUUCCAGAAUGCUGUGCUGUUUACAGAAUACAAGAUGGAGCGAAGAAGCCGAUUGGCUGGGACACUGACAUUUCCUGGCUCACAGGAGAGGAGUUGCACGUGGAAGUCUUGGAGAAUGUGCCACUCACAACACACAACUUUGUACGAAAAACAUUCUUCACGUUGGCGUUCUGCGACUUUUGUCGAAAGCUGCUUUUCCAGGGAUUCCGAUGUCAGACGUGUGGCUAUAAAUUUCACCAGCGCUGCAGUACAGAAGUGCCACUGAUGUGUGUUAAUUAUGACCAACUUGAUUUGCUGUUUGUCUCCAAGUUCUUUGAACAUCACCCCAUACCACAGGAGGAGGCCUCCCUAGGAGAGACCACCCCAGCAUCUGCAUCGUACCCCUCAGUGCCCCCCUCAGAUUCUGUUGGACCAUCAAUUCUCCCUAGUCCUUCUCCUUCAAAAUCCAUUCCAAUCCCACAGCCCCUCCGACCAGCAGAUGAGGACCAUCGGAAUCAAUUUGGGCAACGCGACCGAUCCUCUUCAGCUCCCAACGUUCACAUCAAUACAAUUGAGCCAGUCAAUAUUGAUGACUUGAUUAGAGACCAAGGUUUAAGAGGAGAGGGAGGUUCAACUGCAGGUUUGUCUGCAACACCUCCCGCCUCUUUGCCUGGGUCACUCACCAAUGUGAAACCAUUACAGAAAUCACCAGGACCCCAACGGGAAAGGAAAUCAUCCUCAUCCUCAGAAGACAGAAAUAGAAUGAAAACCCUUGGUCGACGAGAUUCAAGUGAUGAUUGGGAGAUACCAGAUGGACAGAUCACAGUUGGACAAAGGAUAGGAUCUGGUUCGUUUGGAACAGUCUACAAAGGAAAGUGGCAUGGUGAUGUGGCAGUGAAAAUGUUGAAUGUUACGGCACCCACACCUCAACAGUUACAGGCUUUCAAAAAUGAAGUAGGAGUGCUCAGGAAAACACGACAUGUGAAUAUCCUGCUUUUCAUGGGUUAUUCAACAAAACCCCAGUUGGCUAUUGUUACACAAUGGUGUGAGGGGUCCAGCUUAUAUCACCAUGUACACAUCAUUGAGACCAAAUUUGAAAUGAUCAAACUAAUUGAUAUUGCACGACAGACUGCACAAGGCAUGGAUUAUUUGCAUGCCAAGUCAAUCAUCCACAGAGACCUCAAGAGUAAUAAUAUUUUUCUUCAUGAAGACCUCACAGUAAAAAUAGGUGAUUUUGGUCUAGCUACAGUGAAAUCACGAUGGAGUGGAUCUCAUCAGUUUGAACAGCUGUCCGGAUCUAUUCUAUGGAUGGCACCAGAAGUUAUUAGGAUGCAAGAUAAAAACCCAUAUAGCUUUCAGUCGGAUGUGUAUGCGUUUGGGAUUGUGCUCUAUGAAUUGAUGACCGGGCAGUUACCAUAUUUAAACAUCAACAACAGGGACCAGAUAAUUUUUAUGGUGGGACGAGGAUACCUAUCUCCAGACCUCAGCAAAGUACGGAGUAACUGUCCAAAAGCUAUGAAGAGACUAAUGGCAGAAUGCUUAAAAAAGAAAAGAGAUGAGAGACCCCUUUUUCCACAGAUUCUUGCCUCCAUUGAGCUUCUGGCCCGGUCAUUGCCAAAAAUUCACCGCAGUGCAUCUGAGCCCUCACUAAACCGAGCUGGCUUCCAGACAGAGGAUUUUAGUCUAUAUGCUUGUGCUUCUCCAAAAACACCCAUCCAAGCAGGGGGAUACGGAGAAUUUGCAGCGUUCAAGUAGCCACAGCACCAUGGCAGCACCCACUCUGUUAUUUAAGUCUUGUGUUCCUACAGUUUCUUAACAUCAAAACUCUGUUCUGCUCUGCAAAACCUAAAGUAAUUUAGAAAAGAUACCCAUAAGCUUAAAAGUGGAGCAGAAUGGAACUGCCAGUCCAACACAAUGGGAAAAAGUACCUUUUUGGGAACCAGAAUCCUCUGCUGCCAGUGUUUCUCCUUCAACACAAACCAGCGUGUGCAUUCGGAGACCCGCAGUGGCUGCCUGUGCCGUUGGCAUCAUUCCCAGGAGAGAGGAGAGGGCGCUCGUGGUUUGACUGUGGUGCUCGGGCUUGAGGGGAUGGAACUGCUGCUGCAACUUAGGAGACUUGCUUUGGAUGGUCUGCCGGUCGGCUUUCUCCCUCUAACAACGUACCAUCAGAGGCUGAAAAAUCUGAUGAGUGCUAAUUUCAAAGAAUCAUCCUCCAUUCUGAUCCUUUUUUUUUUCCCCCCCUGGUGUACUCACUGAUUUAUGGACAACGCAGUAUCCCCUUUUCGCUGUAUUACAACAUCAAACACCUCAAUCUGUCUAUAUUAGUGGGGUUUGUUCCAGCAAAAUUAAAAGCGUGGCAUGACGGGAGCGGGGAAGGUGUCACUCUAAAGGUGAAGAGGUUAAUCUGAAGGAAAAGGGGAUGCUGCUGCACCUUUUUUCAGAUUUACUUUAUCACUUCUUCAAAAAAACAAGCAACAACCACCGACCUUAACCCUCUUCCUUUUCCAGUAUUUUCUUGGUAUGUGCAUAUACAACAUCUUUUAGAAGGAUCAGGUAGAUCCUUCUUUUGUUGGUCCAGCAACAAACUGAAGUUUUUAAAAGAAAAAUGUAGCGAGAUUGUCCUCUCUUUUUUUUUCCUUUUGUAUCAUGUGAUACAAUAUAUUUAUCAAAGAUGCUACCACAGCAUCUGAAGUCUGUAGAAUUCCUGAUACAGACUGUGAGCGGUGUAUGUACCUACUUUAAAAGUUUUAUUUUAAAUGAAGGUGCAGGUUAAUGCCAGGUACCUUACCAAUAUGUAAUGUUUUCAUAAGCGGGGAAAAAAGUUCUCAGGUUGAAUUGAAUACAAAUACAAAACCCCUUAGAAUUAGACAUUCCAAAAAUUAUGUUUUGGUACUUUCAAGAGCUUUUUUUAGAGGAUUUUUAUCCGGCUAACUAAACGUCCUCUGAUAAGUGUGUGUGUAAAUGUGGAGCAUCUUGUCCUAAUGGCAAGUUGUUAGAUCGAAACAAAACGGUACUUGCUGGAUCCACACUGACUACUUCUCCUCUCAUUGCUUUCAUCCCUGUCAUCUCUUCCCCUUUCCGUUCGUCUUUCCCUUUUGUACACUUUGCAAACUAGGAUGAAGGUGGCGGUAUCUCCAUGAGAGUGCUUUGUUUUCCUGUCCUCCUGGUUUUCAAAUGGUUGGUAGCUUUUUGUCAAGUUACCCAGUCAGGGAAAAAAACAAACCCAACUCAUCAAGUUCUGCACAUCGUUUACCUCUAGUGGAAUAUCUUGUGAUGUGAUCUGUUUGCAGAGUUCUCUGGUAUGUGGUUAUUACGUGUAAAUUAUUUGUACAGAGGCAAGUCAGACCACAUGAGAAAGAAAUUCAAACUCAGACAGAAGUUUUCAGAAUUUGAUUCGUUAUCUACCCUGGACCACUCCAGGUGAGGCAGGAGAACCAAUCCACCCCCCACCCCAGCCUGGAGGUUCUUGCUGGGGGGAGGCGGAGGGUGUUAAACGAAAUCAUGACAAAUAUAUGAAGGAGUUAAAUGUGUGUGAAUGUGGUGUCCGUGCUAAACGUGCAUGUAUUGGGUGAGGAAGCUGUCCCUCCCUCUCUAGCAGAGUUGGACUGUUGUGUCUGCAGAAGGUUGCUCCCGGGAAAAGGGAGAAAUGCACGUGGGUAGUGGAACAUGCUUUUGAAACCCUGGAGUUCUGCAGCAUUGCUGGUAGUCUGUUAGAUUUGUCAGUAAAUAUUUACUGGGGUUAUAGGGACCGGACUAAUCUGAAGUGGGAAUUAUAACUGAAAUACUGUGUAUUCAUAUUAAUUCCACAAACAUUAGCAAGACAGCAAUAGUGAAUGACUUAAUAGUCACUACAAGAAUGAAGUGAUUCAUGUUGGUACAUGAAUAGAAUUGAUUUUGUGUACAGGAUGCAUUUUAAAAACAAAACAAAAACAACAAAAAAAAAAAAAGAGAAAGCACAAUGUUUUUCUUGUCUGCUGUGGGUCUUCAGAUGCUGUAAGAAAUUUUUUUCCUUAUUGAGAUUGGCAGGAAUUCAAAUAGUAGCAAUAGCCACUUUUCCAGUGUGGAGUAGCUAACUGGGGAGAGGUGGUGUACAGCCAGGUGUAAUGGGAGUACUCCCUGGUGAUCAUGGAGAGGUGGAAGGAGCCAGAGGCUACCAAGGUCAGCAGGCAACUUGAGAGCAUUUACAGAUACAGACUCGCAGAGGGUGGAGCAGUCACUGCUUCAUCCUCCUUCCACCCCAGGAAUCGCUCCAGCCCCUGCGUGGGCUGCAGCUGAGCUCCUGCAUGUUGGGCAUACUGGAAAUUAAUGUUCUCUUGAAAGAAACUGUUAUUGGAGCAAGUAUGUACAGGUGGUUCAACAGUCAUUUGUUUCACAAAGCUUGUUAAAAGCCCUUCCACAAGGUCAUGCUAGCGGAAGAUUAUCUGCUAAAAUAUAACUGUUAGGAAUGUCACUCGCUCUUUGCUUAAAAUGAACUUAUUUUUGUGAAGAUUCAUUACCCAUUAGACUACAACAUGCUUCUUGAGCCCAUAGGAAAAGCACAAAGAAAAUUGCUAUCGUUGUCCAUGCAAAGCACUUUAUAAGUAACACAUGAUCUGUGGGUUGUUUUUAUUAUUGGGGUUUGUUUGUAGUUUGGUUUUGGUUUUGUUUUGUUUUUUUUCCCUGAGGAAUGUGCAAGUUGUUUGGCUGCUGUUUAGAGAAGUCCUUUCAGGAUGCACUUCUACUGGUUUUCACAUUUGUUUGUUUCCCUCCAGAUAUCUGUAGUAACGUGUGUUUGUUCUUUAAGAGGUCCCACUUAAUACUCAUGCAAAACUUUUGGAAGAAAUUUGGUUUGUAAAUAAUUGGAGUUAUUAUCUCUUUUUUUUUAUCUUUUCCUUCAGGAGUUUUUCUGGAUGUCUUGCAUGCCAUCAGAACCAGUCUUAAAGGUGUAGAUGUUUAGCGAAUGAGGAGAUAAGUGUAGACAAGAUCUGCCCUGUAUAGCAGUGGGAUGAAGGAAGUAAACUGAAAUGACCAGUACAUUCAUGUCUGUUACACUGAACUUCUCAAGCUUCUCUGUGGUGUCCCAAGCACAUGCCAUAGUAUGGAAAUGUUAGUACAUGUUUUGGGUUCACGUACUGGGACAAACAUCUCGAUGGUCUUAUUGCUUUCAGCUCUGAAGUUAUGUGGCAAUUAUUUGCAAAACUACCAGUAUCCAAUCCCAGCUAUUCAUGUCCUUACUAACCAUGCAUAUACCUUCCCCUCCACUUUUCCUUUUCCAUGGCUAGAAGAGGAAUGUUAGUCAUUGCAUCCUCCCUGUCAGUACGUGGCUGUUUCCUGUGGCUGAUUUGCUGCGAACUGGAACACUGUAGUGGAGCUUAAACCAAGCAGUAUGAGUACAGAGGCCUGGUUAGUUUGAAAGUCAUCUCUCCAUUAAUUAAGUCUGAUAUGGCCUCACAUACAAUUAGCCCAGUCAGUUCUUUUUUUGCUAAAUUUGUCCAGGUCUUUAAAUCAAUCCACUUCUGCUUUUUAUGCUUUCCUAAAAUCACCUUUUCUUGUACUUGAAUGCUGUAGCAGCUGAUAGUGAUGCAGAAUGUUUGAGGCCAAAUACUGCCAUCUUAUCAUGGCCUCUCGACAUCACUUGGAUCAGCACAUGCUCAUCAGAAGCAGAAUUUGGCCUUCAUGACAUGAGUGAAAUGCUGACUGUUGAUAAAUACCAUGUCUUUCCAUAAAUGCCCAAGUUGGAAAAAAUACACUGAAGAUCAGGCAUAAAUAGGUUUGCUUUUGUUUGCCUAGUGAUGUAAAUGCAUCCAGCAUUUUACAGCACAUUUGGGGAAGCCAGAUCCCCAGAAACCUUACAGGCAAGCACAAGCUUAAGUUUUGAUGGCUGGAGGGGCUAAAUUUAGGGAUGAAGCACAUAGACAUUUCACACAUGUGCAGCCUAUAGAUUUCAUUCCCUCCUUGACUGUGAGUGCAGCAUGUGUAGCACAAACUAUUCAUAGUACUGUAGACAAUGUUGUCUUCUGUCUGUUGGAAAAAGCAUCACCAGUAGCAGGAUGCAUCAGGCAAAGCUUCCAGGUACAGCCAAGCUGAGUUCUGAAGGAGGUGUGUGAGGAGAUUGUUACAGCGUCACUUGGAAGGCACUGAGUGUUCUGGUCUUCUGUUACACAUCUUACACAGAAGUGUAUGAAAUGAACUUUCUGUUGCCUGCAGCCUUGUCAAUGUGCAUUUGCGCUUUCUGUGUGUUUUAACCUGCAUUUUGAGUCUCUUUCUUCAUCGCUUCAUUAUUUCUUACCUGGGAAAUAAAACUAUCAGAAGAGCACAGCUAAGCCUUUAAAACUUUUUCUUGACAUUUAAGCUUCAAGGAUGCCAAACACAGAAGCUACUGAGGCAGCACCAUGGGAGCAGUAAAUAUGAAACUGUGGAAGGAGGAAACUUUAAAACAACAGAAUACAGAGCACACCAAGAGCAAAUUCUAGCGCAUCUCUCCUCUUCAGCAAAGGGAGCUACCAAGACCCUCCGGUGAACAGUUUACAUAGGGAUCCCUCAAGAGUCUUUGCAGUUUGCCAAAUGAUCAUGUGCCUUCACAACCUUAAAAAAGUACAACAGAAUGUAAACCAGGUGCUUCAUAACUAGAGCAGUGGCUUUGGUUUACUUCUGGUGCAGUAGUUUUGUAUAUAGCUGUUACUAUAAAUAGUUUAUGGUUGGGAAACUUCUGUAAAGGAACAAGAAGGGCAGAGAGCGUUCCCAUGAUCGUUUCAAAGCUAGGAACUGAAGGAUGCCUAAUUCAGUUACAGAAAACCCGCUGCUUGAAAUCUGCUCUGUCAAAAGUUGAGGGAGGUUCAUUGAAUGUAAAAAUAAAUGAGCCCUCCUCCACCUCCAAAGACACACAAAGAUCUUGUUAAAGAGAGGUAGUAGAAAGCUCCAAAGAGGCCCAAAGCUACACUGUCAUGGCAUCUUGGAAUGAGGUGGUAGAUGACAAAUGAGCACUAGAUGAGGAUAAAUGGAUGGCUAGUACUCGUGUAAUCCAAGUCCACAUACAUCAGACCAUACGAUUCAUUCCCCGGCCUGGAAAGUGCAGUUAAUUUUGUUUCCUGGAACACAAGCAGGUUUCCUCAGCUCUUCCUGGGGCCUCUUGCAGUUCCUCCCCAGCGAUCGCAUCCCGUUACUGCACAGUGACCGUGGGAGGUGGUCAGGGUCUCCUCAGCUGAGGGACAACCACUGUGCUGGAAUUUGUUCUGUUCAAAUUUCAAACCAGUUACGUAGACUUCUGCCAGUACCUACGUACCAGUGUCAUAUUUAACCUCCUUGUCCAUCAAGGAGACAUUAAUGGGUUUGGGUAUUGGUGCUUUUUCAGAUAUUUUCCUUUUUUCUUUGGGGCAAGACUUUGGGCAAAACUGUAAAUUACAAAGUUAUGUCUAAAUGCACAGUUCAUAUGAAACAUCAGACCAGUUUUAAUCGGUUUUGUUCCUUUUAGAAAGCAAAGUGGAAAAAAAAACCAUUUUACUAAUGUACCAGAAACUAUUGGGAAUCCUUCUACCUACUCCAAAUUCUGCACUGAAAGUACAUGUGAGAAGAUGAUAUUUCAUCUUUUUUUUAUCUUUUUACACCAAAAUCACAAAGAAACAAUUUCCCUAAGAGAAGGGAGCUGAUGGAAGCAUUUAGAAACUUCUAAACUACCCUAAGCAUUGGCUUCAUAGCAUCACAGCAGCAGUGUGUUCAGCUCAUCCAGCCUCCGAGAGAGCCAACAGUGGCCUGUCUGGUCAUUUUGUCUAGUUUGUUGUUUGCAGCAGCUGUGCUUUAGAAUAAGCUUUGGUGUGACAUUUACUUUUGAGCAAGUAAGCCACAAAAAGAUAGCUAGGGGUUGGGUUUGGGGGUUUUUUGGUUUGUUUGGGUUUGGGAAAGGGUUGGGUUUUGUUUUGGUGUCAUUCUGUGUUGCAUUUGUGUAUUCUCACCCUAGUUGGAUGCAACAUUAGGAGAAGAAAUGAAACCCACCAGCUGGGCAUGGAUGUUGGUGUCUAGGGGGCAAAAUGGACCAAACGUGGGUGUUGGGUUAUUUUGGGAUGGUGGGGGGUCCUGAGGGCAUAAUUUAAAUUAACUCUGUCUAAAAUAAAAUGUAAGUGCAAUAAAUGUGCUUUUUUUAUUCAAAGCUGUGAACCUUUAGGGAAAAAAAUCACAAAAAAAGACUAAAAGAAAUGCACAUCAUUCCUUCAUGAGCCUCAUGUCCUACCUGCCUCCCGUUCCUCCCCCUUCUUCACACUUCUCCUAACAGUGGCCAGCUUACAUGUGUUGGCAACCCAAAUUACCGUUGCUUUCCUUCCGAUCUCCUUUGUUGGGAUUGGGGAAAAAAGUCCUGGCCCCUACCUCUUGCCACCCUUGAAAUCCCUUUGGGAUGCAGUGCUGCCCCAUGCUGCUAGAGCAGGGCCCACUACUAUGGGGGAGCAGGAGCAGGAGCUCAGCCUGACAAUGCUUGCAGUCACCACUUCAGGGUAGCCCUGGCAAUUGGGGAAGGUAAUUAAUUGGCUGUCAGCUGCCUCCUUGGCUCCUUUCCCCCUUUGGCAAAACCCCCAUGCAGGCUGGCCGCUGUUGCCUUCUGGGACCCUGCCUUGUUUGGAAGGAGCAGGUGUAGGUGUUUUGUCAUCUGUUGUGUGUGACUUGCACUGUCUCCCUUCCUUACUUGAGCUGCUUUCCCUGAGUGAGGAGAGGUGCCCAGGAGAGGCAUAACGCCCAUGUUUCCUUACCAAGCACCAGAAGGUGUAACACGCAGCAGUUGGGACCUACAGGGGACCAAGAGAGGACUGGCUUGUUUAAAGCUUAUAGAUACACACAUCUAUAGCCUUUAAACUCGCUUAUGUUUAGGUAUAGUCAAGACAAUGGCAUUACCUCAUAAUACAAAGGCUUGUUUAUGAGAGGCAAGGUAUCUAAGUAAGGAGAGGAAAGGGAAAUUUAUAUACAGACUUGGUUUCUUUUUGUUUGUUUGUUCUUUAGUGCAAUGAAAUGUGUGUCCCACUCAUUUAAACUGUGCUAACACAUUCCUUCAGCUGUAUUUUUUUUGUUUGACCACCAGAGGUUUGUGAGGGGCUUAUGACUGCAAAGUAGAAGGUCCAGUCUGGUUACUUAAAUAAAAACCAACAACAACAAACAAACACCAAUUGUGUUAGUAGAUUUCCAUAGUUGCUUUUUAAAAAAAAAAUCUACAAUGGAGUAAAUUUUUUUGAAACUUCUAUUUAUUUUCUAAUUCACAACAAAACGUUUCUUUUCGGUUUCCUGUUACAUAGGUCAUGGCAAACUCCCCUUCUUUCCUUCUCGAGUUUCCCCUGUAAUUGCCAAUACAACUUAUUUUUUCUUGUUUGUUCCUUCCCCCUUUACUUUUGUUGUCCCUUCAUUUGUACUUUGGAGUUUUUCUCAUGUAAAUUUGUACAAUGGGAAAUAUUGUCCAGUUUGGUUAGAGAGCAUGGAGACUUAAAAGAUAUUAAAAUUUGAUAGCUGAAUUCAGAUUGAAGAAAACUAUUUCUGUGUAAAGUUAUUUAAAGAACUCUGUAUUAUAUAAAAGGCAAAAAGUUCUAUGUACUUGAUGUGAAUAUGAGAAUACUGCUAUAAUAAAGAUUGACUGCAUGGAAAAGUCUG